CCAGCAGCAAGUUUAGACAAAUUAAAGCAUCACUUUGAGCUAUUAUAAUAGCAAAUUUAAUUGCCCCGGAGGGGAUGUGUUAAAGGUUUUUCUUUCACCUUUAAAAGAAAAAAAAAAAAAAAUCCAAUCCGGCAAAUAUGAAUUUUUGCGAAGCGAAUAGGAAAACGCCACCAGCCAUUUGCAGUGCUGGGUUCUUAGUAUAAAGUUGCACCGUCCCCUGGCAAGACGUGUGUUUGUGGCACUGGAGCUUACACAUCCCUACAGGGAAUUGGGGGGCGUCAAACCAAACAAUGUUCCGGAUAUUGGAGAAGUACCUGAGGUUUGAUGGGGAGAACAUGUACAUGAGCAUGAAUGAAAACAACCAGGACUUCCUUUCAACAAAUCAGACAUAUAACGGACAAAGCGAGAGCAAUGAAGACUAUGAGAUCCCCCCUAUAACACCGCCCAACAUGCCGGACCCUUCUCUACUGCACUUGGUGGACCAUGAGUCUGGAUACCACUCACUGUGCCACAGCCUGCCCCCCAACAGCCUGAUCCCGGCCUACUCUUACCAAAACAUGGACUUUCCCGCGGUCAUGGUCUCCAGCAUGCUGAGCCAAGAUGGCCACCUACUCUCCUCGCAGCUUCCCACGAUACAGGAGCUGGUCCACUCAGAGGGAUCAUCGUAUGAUCCCAAUCAUCAGGUUUCUCUGAUAAACCGCUCUGGAAUGUUGCCCAGUCACAUGAGCGCCCUCAGCCAAUCACAACUGGUCUCACAGAUGGGAAUGAGGAGUGCAGUCACCCAUGGAUCCCCUUCCCCUCCGGGCAGCAAAUCGGCUACUCCCUCUCCUUCUAGCUCCACCCAGGAAGAGGAGACCGAAUCUCAUUAUAAGGGUGCGGGAGAGAAACGACCUUCAAACGAUCUCGGUAAGAAACCCAAGAACCAGAAGAAAAAGAAGAAGAAAGACCCCAAUGAGCCCCAGAAGCCCGUUUCUGCCUACGCCUUGUUUUUUAGAGACACCCAGGCAGCUAUUAAGGGACAGAAUCCAAAUGCUACUUUUGGCGACGUUUCCAAAAUUGUGGCGUCCAUGUGGGAUAGCCUCGGCGAAGAGCAAAAGCAGGCCUACAAGAGGAAGACCGAGGCAGCCAAGAAGGAAUAUCUGAAGGCCCUCGCGGCAUACAGAGCCAGCCUCGUUUCCAAGAGCUACAGCGAACAAGGAGACACAAAGAACUCCCAGGCCAACCAAGCCUCCAAAAUGAUCCUCCCAAAGCAGUCUAUGUACAAUCUCCCCCCGCAGUCCUCCUCCCCCUACCCUGGUCUUGCCUCGUUCUUGUCGCCUACAGACCUUCAGAGCUACCGUGGGCACCCCCACUCGGGCCUCUCCCGGACUCUCAAUGCCAAAUCCAUGUUGCCCAGCAUCAGUGCCUCCCCACCACCCCCUUUCCAAAUCAGCCCACCCCUUCACCAGCAUCUGCGCCACCCUCCCAGCUCUCUUCUCAACCAGUCCCUCAACAUGCAGCAAGUACCACAGCCUCCCAUCUUGUCACCCUCCAUGGCAUUGCAGUCGCCAAUGAGCUCCUCUCCCACAGGCCAACAGGACUUUUCCCAUCUCCCAUCUGAAUUUCAGAGCAGUGUAGGCCCUCGAUCCCCAACAUCCUCUAACCCACCUGGGAACCCGGAGUGGGACAAUGAAUUUCCUAACAGAGAGUGCGGGAUCAAUCCCUGCAGUUCUCUCCCAAGGGACAAGUCUCUCUACCUCACCUAGAACCACACAUGUAUUUGCUAAGGACGGCGGAACGUAUGGACAUUUCAGAAAGUCUAAAGCACUGGAUACCCAGACCAAGAUAAGCACGGUCACGAGACCCCCAGGCUUCAGCCAUUGGCUCCCGAGAAGCUUCAGAGAAACCCCUUCUGCGUGGGAAAGCAUCUCUGAAGACGUAAGAAGCCACACCCACCCAUAACCUUUUUAUAAGAACAAAAGCGACGCCUCUUCUUGCCGCCCUAUUGGUCACGGAAGCUCGAAGAUGAAUUGUGACUGAGCGAGGGGGGGGGCUUUAGCCUUCUGACGUGCAUCCGGGCACAUAUAAUAUGUAAAGAGGUCUGUUAAUACUGUAUAUUUGAAAACAAACCCCCCCCCCCCAUCCUCAUUUAAAAAAAAAUAAAUAAAAAAAAUGGGGAUAAUAAAAAACAAAAAAAAAAAAAAAAAAAAAAAAUAAGUGGGAGAUAAAACAAAUAAAUAAAAAUGUGCAAAUAUACAAAAAAAAAAAAUCACAGAAAAAUAAAAUGUGAAAAAAAUAAAAUUAUGACAAAUAUAAUUUGUUGAAUAGUUGUAAGUAGAUUUAUCAUGUGGUUUAGGACUGUGCGAAAAAAAAACAAAAAAAAAACAUCUUUCCAAAAUGAUUCUUUUUUUUCCUUUUGUGUAUAGAAGCGAGCGAGUAGCUUACUCUCUAGUGCAGCAUUUUCUAUUAAUUGUAGCACAUUUUUUAGUUACAUAGGAACGUGUACAAAAUACUGCCAAACUUUCUGGGGGUUUUUUUUUUUGUUUUGUAAUUAUUUCUUCGUUUUCUGCCAGAAAAGCGGUUUUUUUUUUUUCUCCGUGCGGUGACGGAGCUGUUUUUUUAUUUUAUUUUUGAGUCAUAAGUAAAAAAAUCUCACCUUAUUCUCAAUCGCCGACAAGGAUUUAAUUUAUGAGGAAAAGAAAUAAAUAAAACACGACAGAUUUCUGAUUUUAUGACUUUUUUUUUUUUUAAAUGUUUGUGGCCGUGGCCUCCGGGCCGGGAAUUCAUUUGGUUUCACAACUGCUUAUUUGACUUUUCUUUUUAAUAAAAGCAUUAAAAGCGCUU